CGUAACGUUCCAGCGCACGUCUGGAAAGCAGUUGGCAGCGGAGAAGAGUAGGCCGAAGUUGGCAAACAAAACAAAAAUAUUAAAAUCAGCGGCGAACAACUAAAAGGUUUGAGCCGAUUUCAUAUCUGUAGAAUGCGUAACAUUAUUUUAAAGCUGUGUGAAGCCCUUUAGGGGAGAAAGUCGGUAGCAAAGAGGGCGUGCACCUGUCGAGGCUAAGUAGGUUAACGCAGCUAACCUGUGCUAGCACGUUAGCAGGCUCUCUGAACACGCUCAGGUUAGCUCGGCCAGCCAUGUCGUCCCCCUCCUCCUCCAGGCGCCAGUGGUGCUACCUGUGCGACCUGCCAAAGAUGCCAUGGACCGUGGUGUGGGACUUCAGUGAGGUGGUCUGCCGUGGCUGCGUGAACUACGAGGGAGCUAACCAGAUUGAGUUCCUGAUAGCAAGUGCCCGCCAGCUGAAGCGAACUCACGGCAUGCAGGACGGUAACGUCAGGUCACCUGGUCCCUCGCCCAAUAAACACGGCACAUCAGCCCGGGGAGAGGCGGCGGGAGACGGAGGCAGGCCGCACUCGGACCGCUUCGACAGGGGAGGAAGAGGAGAAAUCACUGGGUCAACUAUUCGUGUACCGCCUAACGGGCUGCAUCGUGACGGCCAGCCGCCCCAAGAAGUUAACCGUCAGAGCCCCAGCGGCAGCCGGAGACCCAUGAUUGGCGCUGCCAUUCCUCCCAAUCUAGUGACUCAGAGUAUCGCAGGGCUUCCCCCUGGGCUACUUGCAGGGAUGCCCGCAGGUCUGACGGCCAGGACAGCCCCUAUGAGCAGCCCUAUGAUCUUCCCGGCCCCGGUGCUGGCCGAGAUGAGCCGCAGACAGCUGGGGAUAGGGAUGGGGAUUGCCCCUUUUAUCACUCCAGAGCUGGAGAGAGAGCUCAGUUCCUCCCAGAACCAGCCCAAGACGCAGACCCACACCGUUGUAGCUGGCAGCAGUACCAGCAAGAGUACAAACCUGGCCUCUUCAUCGUUCUCCAUGGCUGGAGGCGUAAGCCAGACGAGCCCCAAGCCUGCAUCUUCUCCAGCCAGGCAGCCGCGCCCCCUAACUGCAAGAUCUGGAGGGGAGCCCCUAGGAUCCAGCGCCUCAGCAGAGGCAGCUACCACAGCUGCAGCAGCGUUACCCCACAGCGGUGCCUCUGAGCUGGCAUCAGCAUCUGCCAAUAACAGCCAUUCAGCUGGAAACAAUCUGUCCUGCACCUUAUGUCAUGAGAGACUCGAAGACACCCACUUUGUUCAAUGUCCAUCAGUGCCAGGGCACAGGUUUUGCUUCCCGUGCACCAGAGUGUACAUCCAGAGUCGGCGGGGCGAUGGUGAAGUGUACUGCCCCAGCGGAGAGCGCUGUCCGUUGGACACCUCUCCCAACAGUCCCCCAUGGGCGUUCAUGCAGGGGGAGAUCUCCACCAUCCUGGGAACUGGCGCAGCCGGUUCAGGAUCGAGCGGAGCGGGAGCUGCAUCAGCUGCUGCAUCUGGAGCCAGUACAGGACCUGGAGCUGCAGCUACAUCAGGCUCUGCGAGUGGAACAGCAGCAGCAACAGCUGGAGCCGGAGCUGGAAGCGGAAGCGGAAGUGGGGAUGUGACUGUCAAGAAAGAGAGAGAGACGUGAUGGUGGCUUCAUUGGCAGCAAGGACCCAACACAGCAACAGGCAGACCAGAACAGAUGUCUCCCCUGGACAGCUGAGAGACCCAGAAGAGAAGCAACACAGCAACCCACAAAUCACAAAACAUCCAUUAAGCAAGUUAAACUCCUCCUCACAGCCCGCUUUAAUCAGGCCCAAUCAGAAAGUGGCAACGACUGCCUGCACACAUCGUGUGUUUCUCUAAGCAAACACUGACUUUGCCACUGCAUAGUGAGCCUGCGAAAUUAAAUUUCUGUGCAUCCUGCACAUUGCACGCUCACUUUCAGCAAUGCUGUAAAACAGUUGAAUGCAAAUUUUUCACUACAGGAAACAGCACAGAUGUUGGUGGAUGUCACCACCACCGUUCCCAGACAGUUCUCUAAAACCAGUCACGUAAUGUAAAAUGUCCCUAAUGAUGUGACGCUGGAAUCAGAUGUUCAGGAGGAAUCACAAGCUGGACAGUGGCUGCUGCUUUAGAGUUGGCAAUAGUUGUGUUAAUGAAACAAGCCUCAGAUUCACACUAGCAGAUGGAUAUAGAUUAUAGACCUCUCAUACUGUGGAAGCUUCUUUCUGCCGCUGGAAAAAAAUUGCCAUCCAUAACUCGAAAUUUUGAGUUAUUAACUUGAUUUUUUUUUUCUCUCCUUUUCAGUGGCAGAAACAAAUUUCCACAUCAUCCCGACGCGAUGUGUAAUGCAGCUUUGUCUGGUGCCCCCCUGCGUCCCCCCCUCAUUAAGCACAGGGGGUCCUUUAGUGUCAGUGCUGUGGCUACAAAAGUGCAAAGGAUGCAGAGAUGGUGGUGACACACUUUACAGGUUGACCUGCUCUCUGUUUGCUUUUUGCUUUCGCGUCCGCUCGCUGGUGAGGUUCUAGGCACUGAAGCCUGUUUGGUGAAGGGAACGCUGCUCCUCGACAAAGGAUGGAGCGAUUGAUAGCUCUCAUUUUUGCUAUAACUCAGUCUGUCACAGCACACACGCCAAAGGACAUCUUGUGCAUAAAUCAGCCAUGGUUUAGCUACAAUAGGAUGCCCAUACGCUGAGCUUUGUGCAGGGAAAACAUACAUAUAUAUAUAUAUAUAUAUAUAUAUAUCUCAAAGUAUAUCUAAACAGCGGCCACGGCUGUUUUGUUUCUUUUUCUUGUUGAUGAAAAGUUGAGAGUUAACUGUCUUGGAAAAAAUGCCAUAUCCUCUGCAGAUGCUUCGUCAAAGGAAAUAUUUUCUGCUUCUACAGAUUACUUUUACAGUAUCAACUGACACGACACUGACAGUGAUGAGGAAAUGUACCUGCAGCUGACUUUUUUUUUUAUUUGUUUAUGUGACUGAAUCUGUGUCCUUUUGCACAGAUUUUUCCUUUUUAAAAUCUCCAUUAAAACAUCAGAGCCACAUUAAGUGUGGCCAGAAUGGCGGUGGAGACGUUUCUCUGUGCGCCUCCUGUUGUUUCUGUCAGCUUGGAAUGAAGCUGGCAGACUGACUCAGAGAAAGGAGAAUGUUUUGCUGUGUAGACACAACCAGUUAAUCUGUCAGCGCGUCGAGCAGCCGCACAAACUCAGUGUUUGACUGUAUUUAAAUGUUGCUUUCACACGAGAUCAGCCCAGCCUACGUUUUACCCCGAAUGUAUAUUAAAAGAUAUCUAUUAAUAGGCCUAGGAUUAUAUUUUAUACUAGAAUGUUAAAUGUUAUAUACUGUAAAGAACGGUAAUAGUACACGUGCAAUCCUUAGACAUAAUACAUGCAACAGUUUAAAGUAUGGUAUUAAAAUAAUUGCGUAUCAUUUAUUAAACUUUUUUUUUUUUUUUGAAGUGAGAAUCCACUGAAAAGCAGAGAUCUUUGUUUCUAUUGUCCAGUCAUGGCAUUUGAAACCAGUGUGGUUAAACAUACGUGUGUCUAAUGUGUUUAUGCUCCCAUUUGCUACAUUUCAGACUUUAUUCGAUAGAGACAUAAAUAUGCAGGGAUUUCAUGUUCCUAAAUUGAACAAUCAGACGUUUUAAUGAGUGUGUUUUUUGGGGGAUUCUCUCUUUAUGUGCAGCGAGUACUCGACAGUACAGACGCACAGACAAACCAAAGGUAAUUUUAUGCCCAAACUGAUGUUUAUAGAUGUAAAUGUUUUAUGGAAGAUAUAUAUUUCAUUAUUUCUCGGCCAGGUUUUAACCAGCGGGUUCUCUUCAUUAAGCCGCUACAGUUAACAGGCACACGUGUUCUACUGAUAUGUACAAUCUAUUGUCUUCAGCAGAUCCUUAUCUAGCACUUACAUGUUUUAAAGGGGACCUAUUAUGCUCAUUUCCAGCUCCGUAUUUUUAUGCUUUGUCUUUGCUGGAGUAGCUUUGCAUGAUUCAUGGUUCGAAAUAAUCCCAGUUAAUCUCAGACUGGGCCGUGAUGCAGCCCCUCCAGUUCAUCCUGUAUGAAACGAGCCGUUUCAGCUUCUCGCCCUUUAAGCCGUCUUUCUUCUGAUUGGCUGUCUGUGGCAAACAGAAGGCUUAAAGAGCAGAUGCAUGCGGCUGUGUAUUUGAAAUGACCAUAUUUGGGAUAUGCCCUGUGUUUGACAUCAUACAGAACCAACAAUAGAAAAAAAAUCGUGAAACAGUUUGGAGGCUGAACUUCAGGGUCGCCUGGAUUACCUGUACAUACACUGACCUUAUGUUUUGGAAUUCUAGCUAUUCUUCCUAUAAUCAUCCACCUUUAUAACAGCAUAUAUAUAUGACAGAAAAUCAGAAAAAGCAUAAUAGGUCCGCUUUACAAAAAUAUCCCACAGAUCAGGCCUGAUGUGGAGAAAUGUAAAAGUAUAAUAUGCACUGAUACGUCAUGCAAUCCCUUAUUAAGUGCCUUUUAAAAUGUUUACCAUCUGUUUGUGUGUCUGGGAACCUCAGGGGAAGUUAGGAGUGCAGUGGCUUCUUUUUAUUGUCUUCAAUGAUUAACCUGAACCUGCUUCCUUUGGAUCACCGCCCGACCGCUUCUGUUUUUAUCUGAAGCCUUCGUGAAGCCGACCGGCCCGUCGAUGUUUUAUUUGAAUCCUCCCUCUGUGUCGAGUUUCUUUUCAUUAUGUGACUUUUUUGUAGAUCUGUCAAGUUUUAUUGCAGCUUAAUGUACAACAUAGAAACCAGGAAUAAAUGGGAUGGAAACAU